CUCAUCCGUGAGUCAUUCGCACACCAUAUGUCGCUAUGGCUUACGCGAUUACAGACGUGAUAACCCAGAAGCUGCCUCCUUCAGCUCUUUCUCUUCAUUUUCUUGAUUCACAAGAAAAUUGAGGUCAAAGCAUCCCAAAACUCUUCACUCACAAACCUUACUAACCUAACCUAUAUAUAUCGCACAAAAACUCCACUUUGCAACUCACUUCCCAUUUUUUCCUCGCAUCCAAAAAAAACCUAACAGCCAGACUUGAUACUACUCUUGCUAGCUCUCUACACUCUUACAUCUCCACAUCCAAUUCUGCACCUAAGAAGGAAACCAUAGUCAUAAAUCCGUAGCAAUCCUACAAAGUCUAUAUACAUAUCCAAUUCUGCACCUAAAUUAUCUCAUCAAGAAAAGAAACUAUACUCAUACAUUCGUAGCCAUGACGGUGAAGAGAAGCAGAGAGGAAGCUCCAGCAGCAGAGACCGUAGAAGAAACCGCGGCCAUUAAUCUUCUGAUGCUUCUUUCUCGAGUAGGGGAGGCUACCACUUCUGCUGCAGCCGAUCAGGCGGCAACCCCAUCGGGUCGUGUUUUCGAGUGCAAGACAUGCAACAAGAAAUUUCCCACGUUUCAAGCGCUAGGCGGCCACCGGGCAAGUCACAAGAAGCUUAAACUCAUGGCGGAACUUCUCACUCAACCCAGCAAUUCGCCGCGGAAGCCUAAGAAGCACGAGUGCCCCUUUUGCGGACUUGAGUUUCCCUUGGGACAAGCUCUGGGGGGUCAUAUGAGACGACAUCGUGCUGCCAUGUUGGAGGGAAGGCGUGAAAUCGAUGAAUCACACGGUCGGAAGGUCGCGGUUCCAGUCCUGAAGAGGUCGAAUAGUAGCAAGAGAGUUUUUGGGUUGGACUUGAACUUGUCGCCUUUCGAGAAUGAUUUGCGGCAACUGAUGAAGGCACCCCUCCGUUGAAUUCUUCCAUUCAACUCGUCCACAUAUUGAUGUCUAACAUUUGUUUCAUUUUUUUCUUAAAAAAAAAAUUGGUUAUCAAUUCAUUACAUUGGUUAAAAUAAAGGUACUUGUGUACAUACUGGGCUAUUAUUUUAUGAUACCAAGUUUUGGAGCACAA